GGGGGGAGGAGGGGGAGGGAAGGCGCGCGCGCGGGGGGCUGGGAGGUGGGGAAAGGAGGGUCUCCGUCUUACGGGGACGAUGGUGCGGGCCCAGGAGGAGCCCUCCCCGGGGCACGGGAUGAAGCCCAGCCCCCAGCCUCAGGGGGGCGUCUCCUACCAGCCGGCCGAGGGACCCGAGGUUCCUGCGGACAAGGAGGUGACAGGGUCCCCGAGCCGGGCCAUGCCCGAACCCCCCGAGGGCGGCUGGGGCUGGGUGGUGAUGCUGGCGGCCAUGUGGUGCAAUGGGUCGGUGUUCGGCAUCCAGAACGCGUGCGGGGUGCUCUUCGUGUCCAUGCUGGAGACCUUCGACUCCAAAGACGACAAGGCGAUGGUGUUCAAGACAGCUUGGGUGAGUUCUCUGUCGAUGGGGAUGAUCUUUUUCUGCUGUCCUAUAGUUAGUGUAUUCACAGACAUAUUUGGAUGUCGCAAAACAGCUGUUGCUGGGGCUGCUGUAGGAUUCAUUGGACUUAUGUCUAGUUCUUUUGUAAGUUCCAUCGAGCCUCUGUAUCUCACAUAUGGAAUUAUAUUUGCCUGUGGCUGCUCAUUUGCAUACCAGCCAUCGUUGGUCAUUUUGGGACAUUAUUUCAAGAAACGCCUGGGACUGGUGAAUGGCAUCGUCACUGCUGGCAGCAGCGUCUUCACAAUAUUACUCCCUUUAUUUUUAAGGGUACUCAUUGAUAGAUUGGGCCUGUUUGAUACACUCAGAGUCCUAUGCAUCUUCAUGUUUGUCCUGUUUCUGGCUGGCUUUACCUACAAACCCUUUCAACCUGAUGCCAAAUAUAAAGAGAGUGGGAAGAAAGGAGAGAAAAAAUUCUUUCUCUUUUCCAGGAGAAAGUUCAGUCCUCCCAAAAAAGUUUUUAAUUUCUCCAUCUUCAAGGUUACAGGUUAUUCAGUCUGGGCUUUUGGAAUCCCACUUGCACUUUUCGGAUAUUUUGUGCCUUACGUUCACUUGAUGAACCACAUAAAAGAGAGAUUUGCAGAAGAAUCAAAUAAAGAAGUAGUCCUAAUGUGCAUAGGGAUCACUUCAGGAGUUGGACGACUGCUCUUUGGCAGAAUUGCAGACUUUGUGCCUGGUGUUAAAAAAGUUUACUUACAGGUGAUCUCCUUUUUAUUCAUUGGCCUGAUGUCUAUGAUGAUUCCAUUGUGUAAUGUCUUUGGGGCACUCAUAGCUGUCUGUCUCCUCAUGGGUCUCUUUGAUGGAUGCUUCAUUUCUAUCAUGGCUCCCAUUGCCUUUGAGUUAGUUGGUGCCCAAGAUGUCUCCCAAGCCAUAGGAUUUCUGCUUGGAUUCAUGUCUAUACCUAUGACUGUGGGCCCACCCAUUGCAGGUUUACUCCGGGACCACCUAGGUUCUUAUGAUGUGGCCUUCUACCUCGCCGGGGUCCCACCCCUACUGGGAGGAGCUGUGCUUUGUUCAGUCCCAUGGAUCCAUGAAAGAUGGAAACAAAAAGAAAUGAGCAUCACGGGAGGGGAAAAGCUGGAGAAAAUGUUGGAGAACCAGACCACUCUGCUCCCAAGAUCACCUGGGAUCAUUAAGAAAGACUCUGAUCCUGUUUUUUAAUGCUCCCGGCUUCUGCCAGACUGGACUUGCUUUCCAAAGUUACAGCAAGUUUUCUUUUUUAUGAAUUGGAAGUUGUUUUAUUUUUUUUAAUAGCAUUAUACGACUAGCACUAGAAUGGUAAAACAAGAUCUUUACCAAGCAAGAACCCUUUCAUAAUUAUCAUUGAAUAGCUUUCUGACAUUUCUGAGACCGAGGGCAGGGACUUUGGUACUAGAAAAAUAUGACUUGAAAUAAAAUCACACUUGUCUAGGAGAGAAAAAUUUAGGCUUCUCACAGGAAAAUAAAAUUCUGGAAACUGUGAAGGCUAUUUAGCAUGUGUAAAGAUUAUAAAAUACCUCAAGCUACACUGGAAGGGCUUCAGUCUGAUUAGGACUAGAAAUCUUGCUUGGUCUCUAAACUAUGGUACUGAUCAGUUCUGGUAUCUCUGUUUUUAACUUUUUAUGCUAUGUUAAAUAAUUUUUUAAAAAUAAAGCAUAGAUCUUAGACCUCCCCAGAAGAUUGACAUUUAAAUUCUAUGCUUUGCUGCUGAUAAGUUAUGAAAUGUGUUCACAUAAUAUCCUGUACUUGUUCCAGUGUGAAUUCCUGUUUUUGAGCCAAAAGAGGCCUUUCCUGGGGCAGGAGCUGAAAUGUAUGCACAUUAAAUAUGUGAGACACAAAUGUCUCCAGUGCUCCUAGGAGCAGAGUGGUGCAGAAUUCAGCCAUUUCUUCCAUUUUGUAUUCCCCACUGUGGGCCUACAGUGUGUUUUAACACUUGAAUAGCCUGUUAUUUUUAGGGUCUAAAAAUACAAAUCCUAGUUCAAAUUAACUAAACACUUUGAAUCACAACCCUAAAGUACACUAGAAUGAAUUAGAGAGAACCCAAUAACUUGUAUUUUAAAUUCUUUUGCUCUUCUGGAUCUGUUAGAUCCCAAAACUGAUCUUUUUUUAGAUGCAUGUUAGGCAUGCACCAAGCUGCAGGUAUACGCACAAAUAGACAGAAAUCUUGUAUUCAUGUAGACAUUCUCUAUUUCUAAUACAACUAAUUGCUUAAACUCUUCUCUCUGAAUGUAAUUGGUCGCUGUGAUUCCAAAUCACUUGUCAAACAAUCUUACGUACUCAUAACUGUCUGGAAAAAUAUAUUCAUAAUUCUUUCUCUAUCUUGAUUCCCUUUCUAUUAACAUUCCUGCCACUUCUGCCCUAAAAAUAAAAUCCUAACCGAUUCAUCACUUAUUCUCAUUAAAAACAAAAACAAAACUUUCUUGUCGACUUAGAUUAGUCCAUAUUUUAAUUUUUGUUCAGGUAAUUGCAAGUUAAUGUUCAAGAUGUACUUAAAUCCUAACUCUGUAUGCAAAUAAUUUUGGAUAUACAUGAUAGCUUUUGCACACAUAGGGAGAUCCCCUGCAUUUGCCAGAUGCCUUUCUUCCUUUCCUAAGUACCAUUUGGCUCUUUCUUUUUCUAAAUACUUACCAAAUAUUUUGCCCAUCCUGGUGGAAGGAGAGGAGAGCAAGAUAGGGUAGAGGGAGUGAGAAGAGUGAACAUGGCUCCAAUUCUCCUUCUCCCUUCUCAGUUUAGGUACUAAGAUGAUACUUUGGUAUUAGAAAAACAAGGCUUAAAAUCAAAUCAAACUUAUCUAUGAGAGAAGUUAUAUUACUUCCACAUCUUGCUUCUGGCCAGGAGAAUUAUGUGAUAGAAUGAUAAAUUGUAUGUAUGAUUUGUUAUCUUUUGGAGAGGAGGGAGGUGUGGUUGUAAGUUGAAGUUUUAUUUCCAUAAAACUUCAUAAAAAUUCAGUAGCUUUCUUCUUCUUUUUCAGUAGUUUACUUGCUAUCUGGAAACUUGAGAAUUCAAAGUGUACCUAUUAAAUAUGAUACUUUCAUUAGAAUUUUAAAUAAUUUACAACAUACUGACAUUCUCUUAGUUGUUUAAGUUGAAACUUUCAUUCCUAUUAUAUAACUUUUCAAUUACUUAUAUAAUUUGUCUAUGCAAAAUUCUGUUAAAAAUUCUGGUUUAUUUCUCUUUUUUCUCUGUCUUUAUAUUUCAGUUAAAAACCAUACAUGCUUUGAUCAUACUGCCCUCUGAUACUUAUAGGUAGAGCUAUUUCACAAUUAUGCAUAAUUGUAUAUAAAUUAACAAUCCCUUUAUUCAUGUCCUGUUAGGUUUCUUUGGCAAUGAGAAGUGGUACAUUCCUAUAAAAAUAUUUUUGAGAGGUCUACAGAAACACUACAUGAUCAAGAUCAACCAUAUAGGUUGCCAAUAUAAAGCUUAUUUUCCAAUUACCAUAAGAUUUGAGCACAAUCCAAAAAAUUUUAUACCAAGCAAGAGUUCACUGGUCAGUUUUUACAAAGUAAUUAGCUAUCUACAAAAUAGAAAAUUCACUCCAUAAAAGCUUCAAAACCUUUUAUUAUUUUAUAAUUUGCUAGGUUUUGGAGAAAGAAGUAGUUGAUUAAAACUUGAAGAAAUGGUCUUCUCCCCCUGCCACUUUCCAUAUUAUAAAACAGCUAAAUGACUUAAAUGUUUGUAAUAAAAAGAAUAAGUUUUCAGCAAUGUUGUGUGUUUGUGUGUAUAUUGCAUAUAUGUAGUUUUAUAUCAUGGCAUUAACUAAAAUGGAAGUAUAACAUUGAUAAACUAAAUGUUUUUAAAAUUUAUUAUUAUCAGUGUAUAAUAAAAGUUACUGUUCACUAAAGAACAAAAGCCACUUUUAUAUCAUUAUAAGAACUGCUAAAUUCUACAAGGAACAACUUAUUUAGUGAAAGAAAAUGUAUAAAGUAGCCCCAAGGUGUGCAUGGUCUAAGAUAUAAAGACUAAGGAAAAAGUUAAAGGUUAUGACAAAUGGAGAUAAAUUCUUUAUGAAAGUUUCAAACUAAGAGAUAUUAUUUUAGGAUUUCCCUCAAAAUAAAUGCUUUUUAAUUUCUAAAGUGAGACAGAAUAAUACACUACAUCAAGAUGGCCUACUGUGCUUUGGUUUUGUUUUAUUUUAUCCAGAGACAUUUUUAUUUAGGAAAAGGUCCAACACUAGAAUUCUUUGCUGUUGUUUUUCCCUUAAAACUCUGAUAGGGCAUCUCAAAUGUUCAAAUCAUAUUGUGAGGUGGGGAAAAGAAGUUCUUUGAUUUUACCCAACAAUAAGUCCGCUUUCAGGAUGGUGGGUACCAAAGGAAUAUAAAAAUUCUUUUUACUGGAUUAGGGUUUUAUUUUCAUGAAUGUUGCUUGGGAAGAAAAUGGGUCAUCCCUUCAUAAUACACUACUGAGAUCCAGAGAAUCUUCUAUAAGAUUUUGUGACUUCUGGAUUAUUAGUUGUAGCAUUCUUUGAACAGCACUAUUGUAAGAUUUAUUCUGUAUACAUAUUUUUGUUGCAUACAUAAUAAAAGUAAAAAAAUGAAGACUUUUUUCCAUCCUCAGAAAUACAGACAUGACUUUCAUCCAGCUUUAAUUUCCAUUUAUCAUAAAAAAGUCACAUCACAGGUUAUAUUAUGCUCCCUUACAAAGAGUGAACCUAUCUACAAAUGGUUAGUGAGGCUCUACCCAAACUUGGAGAAACCUUUUAUGACUACUCACAACCAUUAGUGUUUGACUAUUUAGCUUCAACUUAAGCUAAAUAUGGUUGGGAGUUAAAAUGUCUUUCUCAUUCAUAAAAAUAUGCCUUUUUUGUGGGGUGGGGUGGGACA